AUGAUCAAACAAUUAAAUUGGUUAAAGAAUGGCGCAAGAAGGGAAAAAGCUCGUCAAUUGGGUGAUAAAUUAAUUGUCGCUUUAAAUACUGAUAAAUCAACAAGUCAAAUAAAAGGUUCUCAGCGACCUGUUAUAAAUGAAUAUGCACGAGCACGUCAUAUGGCUGCUUUACAAUUCGUCGAUCUAGUUAUACUUUUUGAUGAAUUAACUCCAAUCAUAUUAAUUGAAGCUAUUCAACCAAAUAUUCUUGUCAAAGGUAGAGAUUAUACGAAUGAAACUAUUAUUGGAGCUGAUUUUGUUAUUCAACAUGGAGGAACUGUUCAAACUAUUCCUUUGAUAAAAGGUUAUUCAACAACAGCACUUAUCAAAUCAAUUCAGAACGAUGUAGAUAAUAACAUAUAA